AAUCUCCUCUUCUCUCGUCGUCGCCGUCUCCUUUGGCCCUAACUAAACACACACACUUCACGCUCUCUCUUCUCUCUCACACCUUUCAUCAUCCCUUCUUCUAUGUUCAUCUAAGCUCCUCCCUUCUCUCUCUCUCUCUCUCCUUCGCCGCCAUAGCUUUCACCACUCCCUUUAAACAAAGCUGUACAGUUAAAGCUUAAGGUUAUUUUGAAAAAAAAUUUUGUUUGAAAAAAUUUGGAAAAAGAUGAAUCACUUUGCGGUACAACCAAACGCGUUCGCAGCUGGUGGAGAUUUGAGAAGCUCUGUUUCAGUUGUUGAAAGAGAUCAAACCACCGUCGUUUGCCCAAAACCACGUCGUAUUGGUCUCCGUAACUACCAUAAUCAUCAUCCUUCUCGAUCUCUCCGUUGCUACUUCAGUCAUCAAUUGGAGCUAUGUGAAUCUAAAGCAGAGACUGAUAUCUUAGAUAUCAUACUCACCAAGGAUGAUUAUGGUACAGAACAAGUUCAUACGCAGCAGGUAAUAGACUCGCCGUCCCCGUUUUUAUGUGGGUCGCCGCCGAGCAGAGUCGCUAACCCAUUAACACAGGAUGCACGAUUCAGAGAUGACAUCGUACUAGUCUCUUCACCACCGGUGGGUUUACCUCAGUCAUCUCCUUCUUCUACUUCCUCUGGGAGGAAAGGAGGAGGGUGUGUUGUUAGAGGCAAUUUUGGUAACAGCCCAGCGGUUAGGAUUGAAGGGUUUGAUUGUCUUGACAGGGACAGCAGAAACUGCUCUAUCCCUGCCUUGGCUUAGAGAUAAAAAAAAACAACAUCGAAACACCCUUUAGGGAUUUUUCAUACAAUAUACUCUUUUGAAUUAACUCACAAGAAAACCAAAUUAGUGGCGUCGUAAAUAUAAGUAGUGUUAAGGAGAUUGAGAUGUUGUGUGGAAUCUUUUUGAAGGGGGUAAAGAGUAAGAAGAGUACGAGAUCGAUCGAUCUAUUGGAGUUUGCUUCCUUUUUUUUUUCACGAGUGUAAAUAGGUAACGGAGCAAAAUUUCUGGGUUUAAGUUUUUUUAUAUAAGUUUGUAGUGUUUUUAAUGGGUCAUAUCUUGUAAGUAUUAAGGUGAGGGAAAAAUAAAAGUUUUAGGUUUUGGGAGAAGUAUUAAAUAUAUUUGGGAAGGUUUCUUUGUAUGGUCAUUUGUGUAAAGUAAAGAAGGUUUGAGACCAAAUCAGAGAUAGAAGAAAGAAAGAUAUUUUGGGUAUUAGUUUUUUUUUCUUUUCUUUUGAGAGUCGGUUUCGAAGCUGAGAAAAAAAUUUGUACAAAAUGAAGAAAUUGAAAUGAUAUUUUUUUACUUAUGAAAGCAGCGAAUAUUGUUGUUUCUGAUAGAGAUGAUGUAAUGAGUAAAUAAAAAGAAAAGCUGUGAACUGAGA